GAGCGGAGGCGGAGGCGGAGCUUAGCCACCGGGGAGGGGCGUGGCCUGGAACGUGUCCGGUGGGCGUGGCUUAUGGGGGUGCUUCCGGUGUGGCUGGCGGGGAGCGGAGCGCGGCUGCCGGCUCUUGAGGCACAUCUGGGGUUUUUGGUUCACAUGGCAGCAGCAAACUCCACUCCACCUGGUUCUUUGGAUUUAAACCAGCCAGGAUUUUCAAAGGAGAUACUGGGGACUAAAUUGGAGGGCAAAUACCUCUGCUCUGAGUGCAAGAAUAUUCUGAGAAGGCCAUUUCAAGCUCAGUGUGGACACCGCUAUUGUUCUUACUGCCUGAAGAAACUUAUAAGCUCUGGGCCUCAGAAGUGUGCAGCCUGUAUUCAGGAAGGAAUAUAUGAAGAAGGAGUUUCUAUUUUAGAAACAAAUACGGCUUUCCCAGAUAAUGCAGCUCGUCGGGAGGUGGAAAGUCUGCCGGCUGUCUGUAUUAACGAUGGCUGCCCAUGGAAAGGGACUAUUAAAGAAUAUGAGAGCUGCCAUGAAGGGGACUGCCCGUUCAUGCUGAUUGAGUGCCUGGCAUGUAAGGGAAUGAUCAAACUGAAUGAAAAGGAGCGCCAUUCGGAGCGGGAAUGCCCCGAGAGAAGCCUCAACUGCAAAUACUGCAAAUCGCUUUUCUACUUUCCUGACAUUAAGGCUCACGAUGAGAUCUGCCCUAAAUUUCCACUGAGUUGUGAGGGCUGUGGGAAGAAGAAGAUUCCAAGAGAGAAGUUUCAGGACCAUGUGAAGACUUGUGGCAAAUGUAAAGUGCCUUGCAGAUUUCAGGUUGUCGGCUGCACUGAGGUGGUGGAAAAUGAAAAGCUGCUGGAGCACGAAAGUAAAUGUGUGGGGGAGCAUCUGUAUAUGUUGCUGGGCUUUGUGCUCAGCCUCAAGGCUGAGUCUAGAGACUUAAAGCACCACCCAACCCUUGCGUCAGUGCAGGACAACUCCAUGCGCUUAAGAACCAAUUCGCUGUGCUCUGAAUCAGAGCUCUCUGAGUCCUUAGAGCUGCAGGCAAGGUGCGAGGCCCUGGAGAGGAAGACGAUCACAUUUGAGAAUAUUGUGUGCGUGCUGAAUCGGGAAGUGGAAAGGGUGUCUCUGACAGCAGAGGCGUAUAGCCGGCAGCAUCGGUUGGAUCAGGAGAAAAUUGAAAUGCUCAGUAACAAGGUCCGGCAGCUGGAAAGGAGCAUUGGACUGAAAGAUCUGGCCAUGGCUGACAUGGAGCAAAAGAUCCGUGAUAUGGAAGCUUCGACCUAUGAUGGCGUUUUCAUCUGGAAGAUUACAGACUUUGCCAGAAAACGUCAGGAGGCGAUAGCCGGCCGCUGUCCUGCCAUCUUCUCUCCAGCCUUCUACACAAGCAAAUAUGGCUAUAGGAUGUGCCUGCGUGUGUACCUAAACGGGGACGGCACUGGACGGGGGACCCACUUGUCUCUGUUCUUUGUGGUGAUGAAAGGACCCAACGAUGCGCUUCUGCGAUGGCCCUUCAACCAGAAGGUGACCCUGAUGCUGCUGGAUCAGAAUAAUCGGGAGCACAUUAUCGACGCUUUCCGACCCGAUGUGACGUCAUCGUCCUUCCAGCGACCCGUCACCGAGAUGAACAUUGCCAGUGGCUGCCCGCUCUUCUGCCCAGUCUCCAAGAUGGAGGCCAAGAACUCUUACGUGCGUGACGACGCCAUCUUUAUUAAAGCCAUCGUAGAUCUCACGGGCCUCUAAAGCCUCCUCCCCACCAGGAGCAUUGAGCACAGUGCCAGCCGACCAGGGCUCACCCUCCCGGAGCUGCACCCUCAGCAUGCCCCGGAGCAGGGGCAAAGUCCAGACCUGGCCGCAUCCCUGAAGGGACCUGCUCCGCUCUGAGUGGAAAUGCAGUGUCUGAUGGGAACCCUCCCUUGGUGUCAAAACACCAGCUUCUCUAGUGCAGAUCUUCCUUGAGAAGAGGCUUGUGUUGAGGUUAGUUUGAGUUUGAUCCAUGAUCAAUGGGGACUGGAUGAUCCCCUGCAGGAAUCAGCUACCAGGGCUCCCUGCACCCAGGUUUCAAGCUAAAAUGAAGGCAGCUCUUUUGUACUUGUUUAAUGUACAGCUCCUACAACGGAACAGGCAUUCAGCCUGCCCAGAGCACCACUGCACAUAGCCCUUUGGCCAGGCUCUUUCAUGCUCUUAGGAGAUCUCAGUGUUAGAGGGAGCUGGUUUCUCUCUGGUGUUAUUGCUUAAAGGUUCUGUAAUUCUGUGUUGCUGGUUGGUUUGAUCUUUGACAUGAGGGUGUGAGGGAAGACGUGGACUAGGAGCAGGCAGAGGAGGUAUGUGGGCUUCGCACGGCAGAGAUCCUUGUUAGCUCUCAGUGAGAGGGAAGCAGUUUAGCACAGUCUCACUGACCUCUCCUGGCAGCCAUAGCUGCAGAGGCACUUUGAGUGGGGCCGUAUGUCAGUAGGGCAAGAGAGAGCUGUUCCCAGUGUCCAUGUCAGUCCCUGGGAGGGAUCUGACGGGAGGGGAAGUGUAGAGUAAGGGAGGACAGCACCUGAGGAAUAUUCUCCUCCUUUCUUUCAGUGUUGGUCUCCUAUAGCCCUAGCGCUCCCGGGCUCGUGGGCAUAGCUUGUGUGUUGAAUGACCCAACAGAUGAGUCUUGUCGCUCUCUGGAGCGGGUCCUGACCUAGGCAGAGGUGCCUUGGAAUCUGAUUGGCUGCCUGUGAAUGGUUAACCCUGGAGCUGGGCUUAGGGCAGGACAGCCUUGCGCCCCCCCCCCCGCCCCCGUGUGUGAGCUGCUCAGCCCCCAGGAAUGAGGGUUUAGCUCAGUAGCUCCUUUCCCCACCACUCUCAUCCUGGCUCUUAGCGCCUCUCUUCAUUUGCCUUUGUGGGCAGGUCGUCCCCCCCCAAGUGUCCUCCCCCAGGCGGCAGCUAAUCUUGAAUGUGAAAUCUUGGGCUCUUCGCUCUGUCAAGGGGGUUAGUUGUUCACAGCCUCACCAGCCCUGCAGCCCCGGCUGCUGCGUGGCCAGCUGAGUGUGCUCUCUGCAGUCAGCCAGUCUGCAGCUGCUCGGUUAGAAACUCUCAGGGCUUUCCCUCCCCGGGCUCCUGGCACUCUGGCCCCCGUUUGCUGCCCACUGGUCUUUCUAUUUCGUGGAGAAUGGGUCCCUCUCAGCGUGUUGCCAUUGUGGCUAACUGGCCCCUCAGAGUUACUCUGUGGUGGUCACCUGUAACUCUCUGGAGUGGCCAUUAGCCACUUUGGAGCCUUAUUCUUUGUGGUUUUCUGUCUCUCUCCCGUCAGUACAAACCCGCAGGUUCUCUUUGGCCAAAGCACCCAGCUAGCUGCUUUUUGAACCAUCCUUCAAGGGUUGUCCCAGCCCUGUCCAACUCCUCCCCUGCUCUUCUGGCCUGGAGGACAGGCAAAGAGGGUGGCCCUGCUGCCCAUGCCAGAGGUGCUCCAGGUGGUUGGCUGGAGCCCCCCAGAGAGCAGCAGCCCCACUUCCAGUUAGCAUCAGUGAUCGGCUGCCUGUGUGCAGGGGAAGGAAUUCUCUAUGGAACGAUCACCAGUUAGCAAACGCAAGGGAAUCCAAGAUUGUGAAAUUGUGGCCCUCUCCGUGGAGGAAGGCCAUAGCCCCUCUGUUGUGUCCUCUAAAGAGAGAAAUUGUAUGUUCCCCACCUGGGCUCAGCCCCAGGGGCGUCUGCAGAGCUGAGGCACUUCUGCCUUCACACUGUCCUAGCUAGGACCAGUGACAGGCUGUCUCAUCGUAGGCCACCACUCGAGCCUUGACAGUGGCCUGCUUCAGUCCCCUUGGCCCCCUUCCACACACCUCAGCUGGGGUCAGAAAUCUGUCAGUGGAGAUGAGUUUUGAUUCCAGGCUAGGGUGGCAGGACUAAAGGGGUGCGCGUUGGCGCGUGCCCCCAGCGAAGUAAGCCGGCACUGCUCCCCCGCUGAGAGGCCACUGUUAUUGAGCCGCUAUUUACAUGUAUCUCGUUUCUGGGCCAGGAGCGGUGGCUGGUUCUCUAGGGAUGGGGGCGGGGAAAGGAUUAUCUGUGUGCAGAAUUCCCCAGCCAUGAUCUCCAGCUGCCAAUAAACAGACGUAAAACAGCCGCCCCAUGGGAGCCAAAGGGAAUUAAAUCAGCUCAGUUUAAAGACUGACAUCUAGGGUCACUGGAGCAGGCGGGGGUCUGAGUCCCUAGUCUGUCUAGGACGCUGCACCUCCCCAGACCCCAGGCUGGACAGUACUCCACAGCAAGCUGUCUGUCUCUCUCUGCUCUCCGAGCCCUGUGUAGACUCCACCCACCGUUCCUGCCCCGUGGCAACGGGCCUGGGGGCUGCUCAGUUUCAGACGCUGUGUCCAGAUGGGGCCCAGCCCCUCAGGAACUAGCUGUCUCUCUAGCCUGUUCCCCUUGACGCCAGGAGCCUGUUUGCUGUUCUGUGCACUCCCCAGAUCCCCCUUGCAGUGCCUCUCCUGAGCCUUUGGGCGCUUGCUCGGAGAGGUUUCCCUACGUUGUCUGAGAAACGAGGUGUCUAGUGAGGAGGCUGGAGACGGAGCAGCUGAUUGGCUGUGCGCAGGAGCCAGACUGGCUCUUGGUACUGCCGUGCUCGAGCCCUGGGAGGGGCCGCCGACAAGGCCAUGGCUGCAGCAGGGGGAGGUGAGCUCUCCCCUGGUUUGGGAAGUACUAGCUUUGUCUUCAGUGGCCGAGAGAAACUUCAGUGGCACUGCUAGGCUUGUCCCUCCACAGCAAGCUCCAGGGAUUUGGAGCGCAGCUGCCUUUGGGGGGGUGAGCGGUCAGGCAGUAAGGGGACCUGGGCCCCAGAGGCUAUCAAAGGCCUAAAGCCCUAGCAGGGACUCCCAGAAGUUCGAAAGGCAUCUCUGGCACAUACUGUGCAUUGGUAUCUGCUGUGGAUUCUGUUCAGGAUUCAGUCUGGUGGCUGGGGUGGAACCCAAAGCCAGCUCCAUACAGUGCUUGUGGCAGGAGAGACCAAGGUGCUGUGCUGGAGUUGGCUGGCUGGCUCUCCCGCCCUGUGGAGAGGUGUUGGGAUGAGUUUUUAGCCAAGGUUCAAAGCCUAAAGUGUGGUGGCUCCAGCAGGCAAUUCUGCCAUGCUGCCCUGGUGUGGGGGCGCCGCUGAUCCCUGUGUGACACGCAGGGUGUUGGGGGAUGCUCGCGUUACCACUGCUGCACCUUCCCUCGUAGUAUAAAUUCACCCAACAUCCAAAAAGCCUGCACUGGCUUCCUGCUGGAGCCAGUGUUCCCAUGCUGGAGAAGGGCCCCCCAGUUCCCUCCAGGCUGUAAUAUUGACCAGAGGAGCCCAGCUCUGGCAUGGAAGGAACCACCUGUUGGAGCCAUCUCAUGGAAGAGGGUCCUAGCUGCAUGAGCAGGCCUGUUCCAGCUGAGGCACAGUUGGGCUCAGCACUGUGGAUGGGGAGAAGGGGCCUUAAGUUCGGAGGGAGUCACUUGAAAAGACUUGCUGCUUUUCAUGUGUCUGUCCGUCCCCCCCUCCUCACUUACCAGCUGUGCUAAGGCUGAAGGCUCUUCCAUGCAGGACCCACCCCCCCCCCCCCAUUAUUUCCCUGCAGUUUACUCCCUCCCUUUAAUUACCUUCAGUGAAAUUGAUUGGCUGCCCCCUGCUGGUGGCUAUGAGGCAUUCAGCUGCAGCUGGGGCUGUGUCCACAAACUCCCAGAGGGGGAGAAGCUAAAUGGCACCUGUGCCAUGCAGCACCCGCUUUGUGAAAAGGUGGGGCUGGUCCUUCCCCCGUGCUGCUGUUCAGUGGAUGUCAAGCAUGCAUGGAUGAGGCAGGUGGAGGGUUGCUAAGGCUUGUGCUGCAGCUGCUGCCGUGGUGCUGUUUUGUGCAUGGAGGCACUGAACUGCCAGCUUAAAAUGUGCUGUAUGUGUAUGUCCCUGAGCCAGCUGUGGAUACCUGCUUCGUAGCUGGGAGACACAACAGUGAUGGCCCAUGACCCUAGUCUCAUACACACACCCCCCCCUCCCCCCCGAGUCCAGUCAGUAACGGGAUAGUUGUAUUACAGCUCCGCCUGUCCUGCCUGGCCAGCACCAUAUCGGUAUUUACAGGAGUCUUUUGCUAAGCCUUGCAGGGGAGGAUUCUUGUAAAAUUCAAGCCUCUUUACCCACAAGCCUGUGAGGGAAAGAAACCUUAGGCCAGUACACCUGUCACGGGAGAGGAAUCAGUGCUGAGGGUUUGUUGUAGGGUUGCUCAGGAGCAAAAUUCAAAAGCAAACAAAUCACGUCUAUGGCUAAUUCCACAGAAGUGCAGCAGGUCAGGCUCCUGCAUGAGAGGGUCAGGUGCUGAGCUCCGUGCACUGCAGGCAGCAGGUCAGGCUCCUGCGUGAGAGGCUCAGGUGCUGAGCUCCGUGCACUGCAGGCAGCAGGUCAGGCUCCUGCGUGAGAGGCUCAGGUGCUGAGCUCCGUGCACUGCAGGCAGCAGGUCAGGCUCCUGCGUGAGAGGCUCAGGUGCUGAGCUCCGUGCACUGCAGGCAGCAGGUCAGGCUCCUGCGUGAGAGGCUCAGGUGCUGAGCUCCGUGCACUGCAGGCAGCAGGUCAGGCUCCUGAGUGAGAGGCUCAGGUGCUGAGCUCCGUGCACUGCAGGCAGCAGGUCAGGCUCCUGCGUGAGAGGCUCAGGUGCUGAGCUCCAUGCACUGCAGGCAGCCAGGGUGUGGCCGAGGGUAAGAGGAGGCGGCCGUAUGAUAAAGGAACAAGUUUGGUGAGAGGGGCUGUGUACGUUUUGCCUCCCCUUUACCUGCACUAGCCCGACGGCGCCAGAGCGGGUGCCCUCUGGCUGGAGCUGCUAACACAGCUCCCCCCAGGGAUUGGCACACUACUUUCCAGUGGGCAGCAGCCGGGUGAACGGUGAGCAGGAAUGAGGCCCGGCAGUAAGGUUGCCCAACACUUCCAUUUUUUUAUACAGCCAUCUCCAGAAGAGGCUCCAGGUUCAUUAUCAUACAUUUCCUUGCCCCCACUAGGUAGCUAAACCAGAGGUGGGGUUUUACUUCUGCCGCGUGUCUCCUCUGAGGCAUGGCCACGUUUGUGUAGAACGCAGGGUGCGGGUUGUUUGGCACUUGUGGAAAUGCCUUUAGUUUGGUGAUUGCUGUGUGCUAGCAUAGCCAUAACAAUAUUGCCUUCAUUAGCAGCUUUGCAACACCCUCCCUAGACCAAGCACUAGGCUCUCACCUUUCAUGGAUGUGUCCAAACGCACGGCCUAGCGCUAACUGUGAAAUGAAGUGUCCUCUGGGCCGUUGUAUGAGUGAGACCAUUAAUAAAGUAUUGUAUCCCAAGGGAAGGUUGGACAGUAAUGGGACAACAUACAGCACCAUCAAGAAUGGGAACUAGAAACCGUUUCUGUGAAAUUGAUGGGUUUGAAAGUGGGAUCCCUCGUGUGCCACAGGCUCCUGCGGGAGAGGGGCUCAGCCCUUGUUCCAUUUACUUUGCUAGAGAACAGGACACAUAAUCCUUCCCCCCACCCCUUACUGCGGUCACACAUGCUGGGUCCCGGAGGUGCUGGGAGCUGUUCAGACACAGGCCCUACCCUGCUGAGUUUACUUACUUUGAAAUAAGAUGCAACAAGUGCCUAUGGGACUGGGAAGAAAGGGGCUCACCUGACCCCCCAGUCUAUACAUUUUGUUCAAAAGAACCACCCCCGAAAUGCCCCAGCGGCUGGGUCACGGCUGCUAGGCCGGCCCCAGCAGACACUCGUGGCCGAUGUGAAGUACCUGUAUUGCCCCUUUCAGAGAAGGGAAAACAGGCAGCGACCACCACCAUGGGGCUGUGGCAAGAACACAGCUCUGACUCCUCCCCUCCCCCCCAUGCUCAUUGCUCCAGCCCUCCCUGCUGUUCACCCAUCACCCCCCAGCCUAGCACCAAGCUCCACAAAUGGUACCUACAGCCGCCUUUGGGCUCCACUGCAAUCUGUGACACUCCCACAAAAAGCAGUAGAGGCUAAAAAUCACUCAGUGCCUGAAGUUGCUAGCGUGGGGCCUGGGCCCUGUUGGCUUCCUCGGUGCUGCCUAAGCCCCCCAGCAAUCCCCAGAUCAGGGCAAAUGGCAUGAGAGGGGCUUGUCUAUGUGAGUAGGGCCCAUUGAAAAUCUGACUGCAGGACCAGCAGCAGCUACCACUGCCCACUUUAACUGUUCAGGCCCUGGCUUUUGGGGGUCUCAGCCUAAGAUGUGCCUGGCUCUCUGCUGAAUGGGCAGAUAGAGCCUAGGCCCCUCACCGGGGGGGGUCAGGAGGGUCUCUGUUUUUUCCAGGCACUGCCCCACUGAGCAGUGGAGCCCAAGGACAGACCCAGCUAGCGCACUGCCUCUGGGCUAGAGGGGGUUGUACCUCAUUGAGAGACGAGGCCAUUUGACGAUACUCGCUCGAACCCCGGCUAGCAGAAUAGCCCCUUUAUUCAGUGCUGUAGCGAGGAGCAGAAUGUUUGAAGAGAAAGCUCCUUGCUGCCCUCAGGGCCCGGCCCUGCCCAGGGAGCCCGGAGCCGGCGGGGGCUCAGGGCCCGGCCCUGCCCAGGGAGCCCGGAGCCGGCGGGGGGCUCAG